GUGAAAUUCGAGAAACUUCAAGGGUUUUUAUUUUUGAGAACCCAGAAUGGAAACAGUUCGCUAUCGCAAACCAUUUCCACACCAUCCGAGUCUGCUGCCUGUGGUGUAAAUCUGGAUAUUGGCAAAGAAUAUCUUCUCAGUGGAAGCUACGAUGAAGGCGUCCUUCGUACAGCAUCGUGUGGUCAGAUCUCUCCUGAUGAUCCAAACGAUAAUUUCUUUGGAAUUGUCAUGGAGUGGAAAGAUGUUUCGAAGGAGUUCCGUGAAGAGAUUUCGAAGUUCAAAUGUUGA